AUGGGAAAUAAUGCAAUCCUUGCUUUACUUCCCAUCUGCUUGUUUACCUGCGUAAUUGCCUCUUUCAAUAGCUCCACCAAUGAAUAUGCCCUUCUAGCCUUGAAGUCUCAAAUUUCUGAUCCAAACAAAAUCCUGACCAAGAAUUGGUCACGAGGAACGUCAUUUUGUAAUUGGAUAGGUAUUACUUGUGGCAAGAGACACCCGAGAGUAAUAGGUUUGAACCUUGCAAACAUGGGUCUAAAAGGUACUAUUGCUCGAGAAAUUGGCAAUCUCUCUUUCUUGAGAUCUUUGGUUAUUAGCAACAACAAUUUUCAUGGCUUUAUCCCAUAUGAAAUAGGAAAUUUAAGCCGGCUCCGAGAAAUAGAUAUGCAGCACAAUGAUCUAUAUGGCCCGAUUCCAACAAGCUUUGGAUUUCUUGCAAACCUCCAAAAUUUAAGCCUAAUGAGUAACGUACUCAACGGGCAUAUUCCUAAUCAGAUUUUCAAUCUCUCCUCGUUAGUAAAAAUUGAUGUUGCAAACAACAGUCUUUCGGGAAGUAUUCCAAUUGAUAUAGGUAACAAUCUUCCGAAGCUAGAGAGGAUAGGAAUUUCAAUGAAUCAAAUAGGUGGUAGUAUUCCUCCAAGCUUGGGAAGAUGCAGAAAGCUCCAACGGAUUUCUCUAUCCUUCAAUAAAUUGAGUGGAAGCAUUCCAAUGGAGAUCUGGAACUUGUCAGAGCUUCAACGUCUCCAUUUAGCAGAAAAUAAUUUGAUAGGAAGUAUUCCAAAUGAAAUUGGAAACUUAUUGUCACUUCAAUGGUUGGAAUUGGGCAGCAAUAACUUGACAGGUACUAUUCCAUAUUCCAUUGUCAAUGUAUCAAAUUUGGAGAUACUUAAUAUUGACACAAACAAUAUUCAAGGACGGAUUCCGCAAGAAUUGGGACAUCUAUCACUUUUAAAAACGAUAGAUUUUCCGGUGAACCAUCUUGAAGGGGAAAUACCUGAAUCCAUCUUCAAUCUCACCAAUCUACAACAUAUUUCGUUGGCACAAAAUAAACUCUCAGGCAAUCUUCCAUCAUCAAUAAACAAUGGACUCCCUGUUCUGGAAAGUCUCUAUCUUGGUGGUAACGGAUUAAGUGGAGAAAUACCUAGCGGUAUUUCAAAAUUUUCUAAACUUUCGACAUUGGACCUUGCUGAGAACUCAUUCAGUGGACAAGUACCCAUGACUCUUGGGAACUUACGAGACCUCCAAACACUAAAUUUACAAUAUAAUCAGUUGAAGAAUGAUCCUUCAAUGGUUGAGUUAGAUUUUCUUAGCCCAUUGACAAAUUGUAGACAGUUGAAGCACCUACAUUUUGGAUUUAAUUCUUUUAACGGAAUUCUUCCCAAAGUCUUGGGUAAUUUGUCACAAUCUGUUGAAACAAUCACCGGUGGUUUUUGUCGCAUUAAAGGCAUGAUUCCGAAUGAAAUUGGUAAUCUGAGCAACACCUAA